CGGGCAAGCGCCGGGGCUGCUCUCAAUCUCCUGGUUGCGGGGAGGCAGCCCCGGCGAGCUGCCGUGCGCCCCGUCCAGGGGAACUAGGUGCGGGGUACAGCGUAACUGACAGCGCGUCUGCCCACAGUUCCUGCCGCCCGGACUUCGCUUUCCAGCCCCGGCUUCUCGUGGGCAUCAUGUCAAGAGCCGUCGCCGCUGCAACCGCCGCCGCCACCCGGGAAAGAGCCGCAGCCUCGGCAGCCGCGCGCGCACGAGGGCAAUAAACCGAAUCACUCCGGGCUCAAAGUGGCAGGGGACCGUCGCGGUGCUCUCUGUUCCGGCGGGACUCGUGCCAUGUGCUGAGCCAUGCCCCUGGCCGUGCCCGCGGGCCGCGUAUGGGGCAGCGCCUGAGCGGCGGCCGGUCCUGCCUCGAUGUCCCGGGCCGGUUCCUGCCGCAGCCGCCGCCGCCCCCGCCGCCGGUGAGGAGGAAGCUCGCGCUGCUCUUCGCCAUGCUUUGCAUCUGGCUGUACAUGUUCUUGUACUCGUGCGCCGGCUCUUGUACCGCCGCUCCCGGCCUGCUGCUCCUGGGCUCGGGGUCCCGCGCCACUCACGCUCAGCCAGCUCUGGUCACAGCUCCGAAUGAGACAUCUCCUAAGAUGCCCUUCCGGGCACCUCCGGCCAACUUACUGGCUGCAGGCAAGGAUAAGACAGUAGGCGCCGGGAGCCAGGAGGAGCAGAGUCCAGAGGCGCCGGACUCCCCCAGUCCCAUCUCCAGCUUCUUCAGCGGCGCUGGGAGCAAGCAGCUGCCGCAGGCCAUCAUCAUCGGCGUGAAGAAGGGCGGCACGCGGGCGCUGCUGGAGUUUCUGCGCGUGCACCCCGACGUGCGCGCCGUGGGCGCCGAGCCCCACUUUUUCGACCGCAGCUACCACAAGGGUCUUGCCUGGUACCGGGACCUGAUGCCCAGAACCCUUGAGGGACAGAUCACCAUGGAGAAGACGCCCAGCUACUUUGUGACCCGGGAGGCACCCGCGCGCAUCUCGGCCAUGUCCAAGGACACCAAGCUCAUCGUGGUAGUGCGCGACCCGGUGACCAGGGCCAUCUCAGACUACACGCAGACACUGUCCAAGCGGCCGGACAUCCCCAGCUUCGAGAGCCUGACGUUCCGCAACCGCAGCGCGGGCCUCAUAGACACGUCCUGGAGCGCCAUCCAGAUCGGUCUGUAUGCCAAGCACCUGGAGCCCUGGCUGCGCCACUUCCCGCUCGGCCAGAUGCUCUUCGUGAGCGGCGAGCGGCUGGUCAGUGACCCGGCCGGCGAGCUGCGCCGCGUGCAGGACUUUCUGGGCCUCAAGCGCAUCAUCACCGACAAGCACUUCUACUUCAACCAGACCAAGGGCUUCCCGUGCCUCAAGAAGGCGGAGGGCAGCGGCAAGCCUCACUGCCUGGGCAAGACUAAGGGCCGCGCGCACCCCGCCAUCGCGCGCGAGGUGCUGCGGCAGCUGCGGGACUUUUACCGUCCUUUCAAUCGCAAGUUCUACCAGAUGACCGGCCGCGACUUCGGCUGGGACUGAGUCUCCCCUCGCAGCUUAUCUAUUGAGAGAGAAGAGUAUAUGUAUGUAAAAUGUACAGAAAUCUAUUUUAUAAUAAUUUAUUUUUAAUUCACGAGCAAUUAAUUCACUAAGCUGCCUAGCCACGAUCUGCAGAGAGUUUGAAUCACGGUCUGUUAACAUUCCAAAGUGUUUAACUCCGCUAUUUUGUUCUGUCCCUCACAAUCAAUGGUGCUUCCGUGUUCUCCCCCCUCCCCCCUCCCCGCCCCGUAUUUAAGAAGAAGAAAAGCACAACUUGAGAAUUUUUGUUACGGGUAUUCAGCCUUCAAUCACCUUGGGUCUUCCACCUGCUAUCUCCUUGGGUCUUGGCUGCCUCAGCUGGUUGUGGUAUUUUCUUGCCUGGAUACUUCCUGGAAGAACUGAGCAGCCUCAGCGUGCUGUAUUCUGAAGGUGAAAUUCACUUAAGCAGUUCAUUACCCUCAGUGAUGUAGCACCAAGGUGCACUUCUCCCGCCUCCCUUACAGGGAUGUUCUUAUGACCCCGACUCUCCUCCUGUUCUACCCUCUGUCCAUUAUUCAGCAGAAAGUGUAUGCAAACACUUGAUCCCUUUCCCAGGUCCCAUGAGUGAGAGGCUUGGGUGCUGCUUUACAAAAAAGAAAAAAAAAAGGGUGACAUCUCUUUUGCAUAAGAGGGUGCCACACUCCUUUCUUCAGUCAGUUAUGCUAUGACACACCAAAGAGUUUCCCAGGAUUCCAUACAUAGCCACCGGCACAAACCUAGGAUGCUGAUGUUGAGACCCAUAGGGGUCAAAUGUAUCCUUUGACACACAGCAUUUAUAGAGGUGUGGGUAUGUGUAGACCCACCUAGUGUUGGGCAGGAAGCUCAUGGCCUCAGUAGAGAUAGGACAAGCAGCCCAGCAGAGGAAGGGGAUGCCCAGCAUUGCAGACAAAUGCCUCUGAAUUCUUAGCCCAUCCCAGAGAUUAUGGCAUGGUCUGUAGGCAGUGUCCACAGCAGGGUUUGAAGGAUGGUCCUGUUGCACCCAGGCUAGGAAAGCUGGCUGCUUGCUUGUUCAGCUUCCUCUUAAAUAGUGGAGGCUUAGCAGAGAAGUCACCAGCUGUGAUGCUACUAUGCAGACCAUACUCCUUGAACCUCUGUGUUGGGAGGACACUGGAAGGUCCUUUGGCUAGUUAGUGGCAGUUGGAUAACUGUACUCACAUGACAUCAUGAUAUAUUCAGUCAAUCCUCACUUUCUUAAACCAGAAUGCCUCUAACCCCAAAAGGAUUGGCGUCUGAGUUAGACUUUCAUCAAGAAUGAAUAGAUGGUUGAAAUGAUGGCAUUGCGAUAUUUACAGAGGAUUUCCUUUCUUUUCUUUCUUUCUUUCUCUCUUUCUUUCUUUCUUUCUUUCUUUCUUUUUUCUUUUCUUUUCUUCGUUUUUUUGGACGCUUUAUAGGCUAAAUUGACAGGAUGAACAAAGCUACAAGGAAAGAGAAGAUAUACUGUCUUUACAAACUAGUGAGGGAUAUCUCUAGGGAUAUUUUGAUAACCAAAUUUGUGGUUUUCUACAAGUUAUAGCCCAGCUUGAAUUAACUUAUUCUGGGCAACAAAAUGGUCCCUGGAGUAUGUUCAUCCCUUAGAUGUUACAUCCAUUUCUUCUUCUUCUUUUUUCUUCUUUCUUCUUCUUCUUCUGCAGAGCUGGGGGUAGAAUCCUGGGCCUAUUGGACACUAGGCAAACACUGAGCCACAUUCCCCAGCCUGUUUCACAGUCAUUUGCUCAUUUUUCUUCUGUCCGUAUUUAGUAGUGUAUUGCCUGCAUUUAGGCCAACCCCACAAUGCCAGCAUAAUCUCCUGGCUGACAGUGUGUGGAAACGCCUGCGUGCAAGGUGCUCACCAGCCUGGACUUUCCUGUACAGAAGCCUGCUUGACAUCAGCACAAGGGUAUCUCCCCUCACAUCAGCAGAAUCUCGUUCACAGGCAGAGUCAGUUGUCAAAGACCUUCACCAAGGCUUUCUGGCUGCUCCCGGAGUCUGCCGUAACUCAUGACGUGGAAGAGCAAGGUGUUCGGAGAAUGGUACAUAGCCAAGUGGGAGGGAAAAUGUGUGAGCCUUCCUGCCCUCUACCCAAGCUGGACAUUUUUUUUAUUAAGUUGUUUAUUCUUUUCUUGAGACUAUAACAAGAGCAGGGCAUGUUGAGGUAGACAAAGUCAUUUAGUCAUGAACACUGAGGUGAGUCAGCACUCUGUUCUGGGUCAAAUCCUUGGAUCUGAGCAGAUGUCGAUAAUUAGUGCUGGCGGAGCAGGGUGAGAUUUUCAGUGUUAGUCAAAUAAAUCAAACAACAUGUGCACCUCUUCAUCAGGCCCCAUUGCUUGUAGUCUCUGGCUGAUCGGAUGCUGCGUCUGUCCAAGAUGCCCCUUCAUCAUGGGAUAGUCGUUAUACACCAGGGCUUUUCUCAGAGGAGUUAGGCAACAUGAAGAAUUACGCCUUAGGUCUGUCUCUUCCUGUACUGGCCAUCUGCAAGGACACCGAGCUUCACUCUGAGCUGCUAGGAGACAGACACCAGUUCAUGUCUUGGCAGUUUGUCCCUCCAUGUGUUUGAGGUUUUUUUUUUCAGUGUCUAGGAAAGCUCUGGCAUAUUUCUGGUGUACUUUAUUUGUGAAAAUUUUUCAUUUCUUUCCUUGCUUGAAAACAAAGAAAAAUCCACAAAAACUUAAGAGGGUUUUCUUUUUUUUUUUCGUGUUUUGUUUGUUUUUUAAAUUCCUAUUCAUGGAAAGCCUUCUCUUUGGGGAUGUUUGCACGUAGGUGUGUGUUUGGUUUACUCUGUAGCACCUACAAAGGCAUUUUGGGCAGAGUGACUAUGGAAUAAACUCUUCAUUGGGAGGUGGAAAGAUGUUCUGGGGGGAGGGGACUCUUUGGGAGUCAUUCUGAAUGACAGAUACACUUUAGUCUUUGUGAGAAACCUAAUUACAGAUCCUGCCUGGCUGUUCUUCUAAGAACCAGAAAUGGAGGCUCCAACAAGUCCUUGCGUAUCAAAGGUGUUGAUGAGGACACCGGGGCUCAAGUCUCUUUUCAGUUUUCCAUUACAAAUGGUUAAUGAAUUUUGAAGGUGUGGUUAGUUUUUAUUUCAUUUUUAUAAUAUUAAUUUAUGACUGAGUUUCAUUCAGCCCAGUAAUCAAAAAUGCUGUGCAAAUUCUUGCAGUAUGUCUUCUAUAACAUGGAUGUUAGAAUAGCCAAUAUGUACAAAAAAAAUUAAAUCAAGUAUUUUGUCCUAUGUAUAACACAAAUUAAUUUUACACAGAGAAAGAUGUUUCUAGGAAAAUGAAAUUCUGGUAAUUCAUACUUUUUCUUUGUAUGAACAAAUAAAAUAUAUUUUACCAACAUA